AGGACUGUAAGUUUUGCUCCUUUUAUUUGACGUACAACCUGAAAAUCGUGAAUACCGUUGUAGCUGCUGUGCAAACUGGCUACUGAAGGUAUGCUUGAAGAGGUUCUAAAGGAAAACAAAUUGAAAACAUAAGACUAAGCAGUUUUUGCGCUCGGUUCGAAACGAGGUCCUCGAGUUGUCUGAUGCUCAACAGUAUCACGAAGUAGUAUAGUAAGCUGAUCAAUACACAUUAAGAUUUAAGGAAAAGACUUAAGACUUAAAUAUAUAUAGAACAGUGAAUUAGGUAUUCUCAAUACUCAAAAUGUAAGUUCUAAGUUAUAUGUACCUCAUUUUUCUCUCCUAGAUUUAAGAAAACGAAAAGCUUUCGGACCAUACAGUCAAUUUUCCGACGUCAUACCAUAAAUCCCUAAGACAGCUAUCUAAUGCCCUUACGUGCAAGAGUCCGCGGUGAGCUUGCGAGAAAGAUUUCCAUUGUAGACAACAUUCCCGUUCAAUAAGGGUGUGAUAUAUUUACAUUUACCAGAAUUCCUGUUGAUACCGGAUAGACAAAUCGUUAAUCCGACGAAACAUUAAGGCGUUUUAAAGGAGAGUGUUGACUGUAUUAAGCAUUAGUUCUAGAACUGAUCCAUAGAGUGGGAAAAUUAUGAUCCAAUUGAUUUACUGGAUCUUAGGCCCCGCUUAUACGAAGAAAACCUGUCCCGGAUAGAAAGGUGACCCUCCGGCCCAGCCAAGUCAACUUUGGACAGUGUUUAUACGUAUGAGAAGGAAGUCUACCCCUUUGCUCGAGCUAACGGCGAUCGCUCUGAUUGCCUAAACCAGCGCUCGCUUAAGCGCUCGCGCAUUCUCUGGGCUCUGGACUUGAGCGAGGUGACCCGGCUGGGCGAGCCAAAGUGUUUAUAUGGGGAAACGUUGGCCCAGCUAGGAGUGUGACACUACCAUCACAAAAGGGUGACCCGACUCAGCGAGUUAGCCUUUUAGCCGAGCCAACUUUUUGGUUUUGAUUUCGACAUGUAAGCCGCGGUGGUUCGUCAUAAAGAACAAUUGGCUAGCCCUAGCUCGGGUAGGCGGGUAAAUUUUCUACUCGGAAUAACUUUUCUUCAUAUAUAAACGUGACAUUUAAGAUAUUUGAACGUAUAUCAGCAUUGCAUCAACAUUUCUAGGGUAAGCCAUGCAUUUUAUGGAGGAAAACGAUGUACCAACAUUAUUGCACCAUACCAUAGGCACUUAAGCGGGCAAUAAUCUCUUUUUCUAUUGAUAUCACAAUGAUGGUGUCGGUGGCCAUGAAGUCGAUAGAGAUGAUGAUCAUGAUGACGAUGAUGAUAUAAGUCGAUCUUGAUGAUAUUGAUGAACACAGUGGUGUGAACUACGACGAUGCUAAUAGCUUAAUUAAUGGCCGAUGAUUAAUCAUAACAAUGUACUAGCUCAACAGCUGCAGGUUUCUGUGUGUGUUUUUGUUGCCGUUGUUGUUGUCGUUUUCAAUUAUACUUUGAUGAUAAUCAAUUAUUUCUGCAGGCUUUACAAUUGGUGUCAAGUUGAAAUCAUGAUUAUGAAUUCAAGCAACGCUCAUCUACUUUCUUACCUCGUCCUGCUGUUUUGUGCUAUAAUGAGAGUCAAAGCGGUCAAAGACUCGCGCGGAGGACUGGAAUUUAAGGAUUUCAAACUCUGUGGUAAGACUAAUCUUAGAAAAUCAGGCGAACCAAACAAACCACAGACGUAUAUAUUCCAUAAAAAUUGGUGACUGGUUAAUGUUAAGAACCUGGUCUCUCUUGUUCGUUAACUACAUAACCAAGCCUGCCAGGAUUACCGGGAACACGCAGUUAAGCUCAGUUUGAAAGCCAGCAAAACCUGGUUUAUUGAAAUUGACUUGUACCCAUGGCUCCAUUAGGGUACGGGAUUGCAGAACACCACAUACCUACGCGUCUGCAUCUACUUGAAUUAAAAAAGAAUAACAAAACAGCUAGCAAGAGCAUUUGCUAAAUGUUAAAUGCCUCGGUAAGAUAUCUUUCCGCAAUCUCCCACCUCACUCUACCCUGUUCACCUACGGCUAAAAUUCAUACCUGGCUACUUAAUGCUAACCUGCGUUGAGAGAGAGAAUUCCUUCAAGGCCAGAAUUUGCUUGUAAAUUUGCCGACUGGUUUUCCAGUGUCUUCCAAUCGCGUCAUAUUCUCUGCCGCGUAUUCUGCAAUCUAGCAGACAGUUCUAGCGUCGAAACAAAUCAGGAAAUCAUGAUGUUCACGGCCAAAAAUAAAACUACGCAAAACGAGAGCAAGAAAAAGCUGACUCUAAGUAUAAGGUGACGUUUCAUCAUAUCAAGAGUUCAAUCUCUCUUGUCACGAGCCAUUCUCGUUCCCAGAACCCGUCGUUUCUUGGUCACGUGGUCGGGAAACGAGGGGCUCUGGAAGAAACCGUUACCGGAUGUCAGAAAAUUCUGACAUCCGGUUGCGCGUGUGCAGAACUUACAAAUAUCACUGCUCAUGCUCAUAACGGAUUUUUGUCCCUCACCCCUCCACAAGGGGGAAAAUUUUACUUCCUGAGCUCUCUCCAGAGAGUGGCUUUUUUGGGAUGUUUUGAAAAUGCACCACUUCACUCAACUUGGAUUCACUGAUAAUUUGAAGUUAAAAGAAGAAGACAGUAACAGAAACCAGCCGAACACACCUGUUGGUUGCAGAACUGAGACAAUUAAUCGGCAGACAAUCGUCUGAGUUACGUGAGUUUUUUUUUUUUAAAUACGUUUGGCGAACAGACACUGGGAAAGCAUUAUCGCGAAGAUCGAAUAUAAUGCGGGAAAAAGUCAAUCUAAAAAGGUAUCUUUUUCCAUGACCUGCAACUGCUAUCUUACUUCAAAACGCUUUUUUGAAACGAAACCAUUCAUGUGCUGUGUUAGGAGAGUAAAAUAUAUGUUUCAUUUCACUCGAACUGGUUGUGUUUUUUGUGGUGCCGCAUGUCGUGGUUUUAAUUUUGCCCAUGAGCUUUUGUGGACAACACGUGUUAGACAACCAAAGGAUUUACGUCGAAGUAAAUCAAUAUUAAUCAUUUUACCGACCCAGAGUUAAAAACAUAUAUUACAAGGUUUGUCCAGGAGAAUUGACAGUCUAAUACACCUCCAUGGGCUUCCAUGCAUGGCAACUUUAUACAGUACUGUGUGAAUCAAAUUCCAGUUCAGUUCUCUCUGUACAUCAACCCUAACUGAAACUUGAACCCCAUUUUCCUAACCCUAAUCAUAAAACGUCUGGGUCAUUGGGUUUUUAUGGGGGCCAUUCAGUGUUCUGCUAAAAGGGUUUAUCCUCCUAAAGAUUUCAGGUAUCAUCUCCUAACUAAAAAUCAUCAUCAGUACCUAAGAGAGAGAGUUUUCAUUAAUUUUGCUGUCAGACUCAGAAAAUCAUUAAUACCUAAAAAAUGUUGAUUGUGUAGUGACCAUCACCAUAAAGUCCAGUAUAUAUGACCAAACCUCAAAACCACAAAGUGAUUACCAUUGCUGUUUGGGGUUUUGUUUUCUCACCCCUUAUUAGCUUUUUCUUUGCAACGCAAUAGCAUUACUUAAUAUUGGUGGUAUUCAUGGUUUUGUAACUUUCACUGUAUAGGUGAGCUCUUGUCACCUCUGUUGUAGAGGUAUAAACAGUUAUAUGUUUUUGAUUACCGGUUACUAAUAAAAAGUGUUUCCCAGGACACUGGUUUAGUAGGAAGUGAUGGUAACUACGCAAAUGCAUCCAGAGAGAAACCUGUUAAGCACCACUUAUGAGCUCAUGGGCUACACAUCUUUGUAAGAGGUUUUAAGGUUUGUUUUUUUCUUAGGGGAGGGCUUCACAACUAGGGGGACAUUUUUUCUUGUUGACCGGUAAAUGGGCUUAUAACUGGGGGGCUUAUAAGUUGGCUGGGGGGGAAGGCUUAAAAGCAGUAGUUUAUGGUAGACUGUGCCAGACAUUCAGGUAUUGGGGAAGGUGCAAAGAGAACAAAACUAAAAAAAAUCCUGCUUUUUUAAUGCUCUACUUCUCACUAUCUGAAUGCCUAGAACGGGUUACCAUAAGCUAUAUAACUGUACUUUCUUAUCUGGAACAGUGAAAUGUAAAGUGAUAUAUACAUUGUAUAUAGACUGUAUGCUUUAAGAGAUCCCCCGAUUAAGAAGUACACUUUGAGUAACAUACGACCCAAAAGCAUUUUCUAGGGUAGCGAGACCUGCAAGGUUUGAAAUUGGGGAUAGAACUUUGGAUCAGGCCUGAAAUAGGAUAGUGAAAAUCACAUAGUUUGGUAAAAACUUAGCAAGGCAAGAAGCAUACUGUGAGGUGAAUCUGAACUGAUUUUUGGAGGGUAGUGCCCCAAGCCCAAUCCCCACCCUCUGCAGUUGUAUUGAAACUGGAUGUGUUGCUUUUUAGAGUUAAACUACAAUAUCUGCUCACAGGUUUUGAUAAUUUAUAAUUUUUUAGUUCCCUUAAAAUUCAAUAUUUUGUGUUAUAAGAUGAGGCCUCCAACUGGGAAAAAUUUUUACCAGAACUGAAUCAUUGACCAGUGGAAGGUUUUAAUUUGGUUCAUCAUUAUUUGUCAAUAACCAAGUAAACUAAGAUCCCCUAUGCUUCAGUAAGCCAAUGCUGUGUGCAAGCUCAAGGAGGGGUGGAGAGCUGGUAUGGUUAGGAUUGGCGAGGAAAUAGAGAUUACUUCAUGGUUGGUGAGUGCGUACGAUUUUUAUUCACGAGUUGUGAAGAAUCGAAAACGAACGAGUGAGCGCAGCGAACGAGUGAGUUUGCGAUUCUUCACAACGAGUGAAUAAAAAUCGUACAAGCGAACCAACCAUGAGGUAAUUUGUUUAUUAUAUAUGUACUGAGAUAUUACAAAAUAAUGUUAACAACUAUCAAUUGCGCGGUGAAAUCAACACAAAGACCACAACGAGUUGCGAAUGAUUUUAUUCGAGCAAACUGAACGUACAAAACUUCCUACAACAUUAAAGUUAUUCAAUGACUCUGAAGAAAGUGGAACAAAGUCUACUUUUAAAAGAUUCUUUAACUUUAAAUAACAAUGAAAAUUUUCAGCUUUAAAUAUCGCCGUUCAAAACCGUAACUAAGAUAUAAAAUUUGAAAAAGUUGACUGUUUUGUAAAUCUAAUUAUAGUAAUGCAUGCAUUCUAAUCAGAGUCAGAGUCCAGUACUUUUAGCCUUUUGUACCUCUUUGGAGAAGACUUUACCUCAACUUCUUGGAUUGCCAACUUCGGGGAUUGAUUGAGGCUGUUAAUAGAAAUGCUGAAUUGACCUCCAUGAAUAACAGCGCCCGUGAAAAGCGACAUCGCUUGUUGGUGAUGAUCUGCCGCCGAGCGACCCGCCGAGCUAGCUGAAGGAUCAGUGGAGCAUUCUCCAACUUGAGAUGAAUUAGUUUUCUCUAAGCUAUGCACAUUCCCGGACAUCAGUUCACUUAAAGUACGAGACAUUUUUACUUGCUGUUUUUCAGAAACUACAGAAUAAUUUGUCACACUUUGAAGAUUUUUAUGUCCCGACAGUUGAAUAAUAUCUGUCGCUGGGAUGUCGUUGUUUGUUAAAGUUUGGAUCAUUGUUUUGCGACCGCUAUGGUUCUUUACAUUGGGCCCCAGCCCGGCUUUUUCUGCCAUUUUUUUCAUUAACGAAUUCAGCUUGUUCACGCCAACGGCUGACUUUUUAAACCAUGGUUUGGAAGAAUCUUGUUUUUUACAGUUAUUUACUGCUAGAUAAAAUGGCGCGUUGUUGUCGUUCAUUUCCGACGGUCUUUUCUCCGCGUAGAAUUUGUAAACAGUGACGGGAUCUCUUUCACUUCCCUGAACCGAAAACAUUUUCGGUUUUAUUUGCCUGACAUCUCUGGAAUUUUCUCCGGUUCGAGUCUUAGUUUGUCUCUCAGUAUACUCUAAAAAUUCCUCGCCAUUUGUAGUUUGGCGUAGUUGCACAUCGCCCCAACACAUGUCUCUGUGUUCCUUACAACCACGGAGACCGAAAUAGACUGUGUUGUUGAACCAAACUGUAUUCAGUAGAGCCUCAGGAGUUGACUUUCCUAACAAUCCUUUGUCAUACAGCAGUUUUAUGUCAUCUUCUGUGAGGGGAACUGAAGCGUUUGGUUUAUCGCCUUUGCCUUUCUUCUUGAGAUCUCUUUGUUUUGAUUUUAAUGCCGCUCGUGCUUUUUCAAACUCGACGUCUCUCAUAAUGCUGUAGCCGUAAUUCUUCUUCUUUAAAUACCGUUCAAAACUGGCCAUCAUAGCACGCAAGGAAGUGGGUUCGUAAUCUUCGUUGUUUUCUUUCUUUCUUACUGUUAUGAUAAAUUCGCUGAUGAAUGAACUCAGUUCGUGUGGGGGAAUUUCUUCUACAGGCCUUGACUCAUCUUUUAGCCUCAAAAACUCCUUAAGCAAAGCAACAUUCUGUUCAGUUUUCUUCCUGGAGUUUUCGUUUUCUUGUCCUUCAAUAAAUUCCUCUACUGAAGUUAUAUCUGCAAACCUUGAAUUGCUCGAAGAAGACGCCAUGGUUUUCCUUUUGCCUAGUGACGCCUUCAGUGAAAGGCGGGAAAAUCGAUACGAUUUUUGUCACUAGUGAAAACUUUCGUCUGCGGGUUGUGAUUGGUCAUACGGUAUUUUUCACUAGUGAGAAAAAUCGUACAACCAAUCAUCCUCGGAGACCCAGGGGCAGAUAGUGGGGACGAGGGAAAGUCCAAACGGGCGGAAAAAUGUGGCGUGAAGAAAAGUAAAGAACGGCGAGAAGAGCCCCUGGGGACAACGUCUUACCAGACCAGUUCCAAACGGUCGCCGCAGUUCUGGCUUCUGAUUGGUGCCAGAAAACUUGUUUUUUUCUGGCACCAAUCAGAAGCCAGAGCGGCGGCGACCGUUUGGAACUGGUCUGGUAAGACAUUGUCCCCAGGGGCUCUUCUCGCCGUUCUUUACUUUUCUUCGUUCCAUAUAUAUUUUUCCGCCCGUUUAGACUUUCCCUCGUCCCCACUAUCUGCCCCUGGGUCUCCGAGGAUGACAACCAAUCAGAUUGCGUGUACUCUGCAACGCAUCAUUUUUAUUUGACAUAUUCAUUUUGCAGUAAAUCUCAGUACAUAUAUAAUAAAAUAUGAUAUUACUGUUGAUCAAGCUAUAAUGUUAUCCACGCUAUCAAAGGUGACAUACUGCAAAAUCCAGUUGUUAUCAUCAACAACCACUUACCCCAAUAUGAUGCAAAAUAGGCUACUCUAGGCCUUGUUCCUUUAUCAUUUUAGUUAUUAACACCUCAGUUGUCCCUAACAUUGUCGAAAAAUCUAGACCAGUUUUCACAUAUGUAUGCCUUAAUUAUAAACAGUUAAGUUUUCUUGUAUUUUGGAAUUCUUAAACCAAAAAGGUUGAGAACAUUGUGCUACCUUAUGUAGUGAUCAGAUAACAUAAUAAAUUAUUAUUUAUCAAGAAAAAUUGUGCAAAAGCUGCUUCUUCGUUAACUGUUCAUCAGUUAUAAAUAACCCCAGAGCCCCUUGUUUAACUUUGUUUAAAUGCCACACGACUGGAAGCCAAGCAAGGACUGUUAGGAUGAGAAUAUCUUCUUGCAAAACAUUUGUAACAAGUUGGCCACAUAGCCUUUCCUUUCACAGCCUAAUUCUUACUGUUAAAAUAAAAAUUAAAAGAAGGUCUCCGAAUUAUCUAAGCAUGAUUCAGUUAAGCAUUAAUUAAGAGGAAGAAAAGGUAGAUUGGAAAGAGUACUUGCUCUAUCAUCUUUACACAAUUAAAAAAUUGCCUUUUGCAUGCAGCCCAAAAUGAUUCAUAAUCAAUUCAGUUCUGGCUUUGUGCACUGCCAUCAGUGGUCUAAUGAAAUAAAGGCAUAUAACAAAAAAUAUUAUCUUGACCUUAGAAUAGCAAAGGAGAUGCUCUUUCAGCAGAAAAUACAAUAAAUUGAAAACACACUGCAAUAAACUUAACGUACAAGUCAUAUCAUUACUGUAAUGUAGUCGGAGCUUGAUUUCCUUUCCUACUGUAAUGAGCACCGACGAAUAUCCAGAGGAAUAUAGAAAAACUGAUUACACUAAUUAAUAACGCCAUACAGGUACAGAAUGAAUCGCUUGAUUUUUAAGGAGCAAGGAGCAACAGCAAGAGCUAACUAACCAUUACUCCUCCUUUCAGUUCCCCAGAAGAUGCGACGGUCGAGACGCGCAAAGUUUAGGGCACAACGAAGGCAAUACUUUCUUUACCAAGGCUCGUUGUCUUCGUAGAAACUUCUCAAACUUUACCUGCAAUUCUCUUCUUCACUGCUAUUGCAUAUAAACAAAACAGGAUUGUCGCAAUCACAGGCAUUUUAUGUUUGCAGGUCGAGAGGGCACGACGUAAAAUGUUAUGCGCAGUAAAUUAUAUUUUUAACUUGCUUUGCGGACUCAAUUGCCUUCAGCCAAUGAAAAAAUUCGUAUUUUCCGUUGCAUCCAGAGCCACUGGUCGGUUACAAAUUAAGCCGAGUGGCUCUGGAGACGAGAAUGGUCACGAGCUAUUGGUCGUGUUUGGCUUUUCGACCCCUAAUUCAAAUCGGACUGAUCACAAACUGCGUAAGAAGCUAGCCAAUCAAAAACAGCGACAUAUGUCCUUGUGACUCUACGGCAUUCGAACACGAUAUUGUGCACUAAUUUGCAGACGCUCUAUACAAGGUUUAGAAUGUCUGCGACGCAGGCAACGUAAUGCAAAAGUUGUCAAAACAGUUUCCCCUCCCCCUUGCCUAAAAAAGGAAGAAGAUAAAAUAAAAUAAUGACUGAUUUAAUGUUUUUUUUCUUUCUGGGGUAUCUUAUCAGUAGUUAAGAUCGUCUGUGCAUCCACUUGUAUCUUUACAAGUAAUAAUUCUUAGCUAAAUAAAGUCGCAACUCAAGAGGAGUUACACAAUGGCUCAAACUCUCAUUGGGAGUAAGACCAAAUGCACCAUCCUUGACCCGUCUAUUGCAACCCGAAUGUUGUCACGCCAACUUCCUUAAAGCGUUACGCACACUAAGAAUAAAUAUCACUAUUCGUAAAGAAGGCAUAAAAUCAUAUUUCCAAGCAAAUAUCCCAUUAAAUUUUUAAAUUCUAAAACACUUAUAUUUGUCGUUAAAGACCCAAGAGAUAUGCGACUGAACUUUCAAAAAAUCAUCAAAACUAUAAUUACCAUUGUCUUAAAAAUUUAAGUUUUGUUCUAAAAUUCAAGAAGAGCAAGUGAAGAGCUAAUACAAUUGUGACCUUCACUUCAAUAUUGCUAACUUAAUUCCACUAUGUCGACUACUGGAAUCACAUAGCAAUAGCAUCACGGCAAGCCCGGCUUUUGACCUUCCCUUCGACUAUACUGGGGCCAGGUCAUUUAAGUUUAAAAACCAAACGUUUGGAUUCUUGGGGCAAUCUUUGGAAGAUGGCAAUUUAUACCAUUCAUAUUACAUCCACGAUCUUCAUUGCUAGUCCUCCUUGUGUAUGAAUAGUUUUUUUCUAUAAUCUGUCAUCAUUACAUAAUCGGCAAAAAAUGGUCCUAAAUCAAAAAUGAGGGAUUUAAUUUUACUGUCUUUCAACAACUGACAACAUUUAAAAGCUGAUGGAAUGUUUUGCGUGUUGGGUUUUCAAAGCCAUCUUUGAGAAUGACUCACCUAUUUUGUACUUCCGGAAAGAGACUCUUGUAUGAGAUGAAGUUUUGCACCAAUUUCCUUAACAAUGCUUGUAGACUUCAUAAAAUCGGUGCUCUUUUCUAGGGCCCAGUAAUCCAAGCAACACAGAAUUCAAACUUUCUCCUUGGCCAUUCAUACCAUCUAAAGCACUAUUCAACCUCACUAUUGCAUUCACGCCAGGUAAGACCUUAGUUGAUCUCAUUGAUGAGUUGUUACUACUCUUGAUUGUGCUACCUAGAACAUAUACAAAAAAAGUGGUUUAUUCUAAUGACAGCUUUAUACACUGCCGUGUUUUUAUGUUUGUUUUUUUCUCCUCAGUUUUUGAAAAGGACCAGUUAACUACACUCUGUAAAAAAAACAAUUAGUAAACUUGGAUCCAACUUUGAAAAUAUAUCGGGACUUGGGUGGGGUCCCGAAAAGUCGCGAAAUUUUUCAGACGAUGUUGUGUGAUGAGAGGCAAGUUUAUUCACCCACCCCCAUUUCUCAUAACAAACAAACGUUAAUCAAAAUGACACAUUUACUGAUUUUAAGGCUUUCCAGUGUUGUCGAAGAAUUUUUGCUGACUGGUUAAUGUCAAAAGUUAUAAGAAAUAACCUUGGAGGACUCUAUUGCAACAUCAUGAUCAGACGCACACUUUCAAACACUGUAACUAACACUGUUCUCUAACUGUUCAAUAUCUUUUCAAAAGCUGAAGACAUUUUUGCCGUGACAUCAGAGUACAUAUUGUUGUCAGAACCGGACGGUCGAAUACUAGCAAGGGGGAGGGAUGACAUGUGUGGCCAGGAUUUGAACUUAUGCACCUUAGCGGCAGGUGGUAAGUAUAAAACAAUAGCUCACAUAAUCACAGCAAAACUCAUAAAUACUCCGUGAGCAUAUUUCCCUGUUAAAUGUAAAGAUUAAAUCACUUCUAAUGGAUGGACCUGAUCAGACCUGGUAAAAUUUCCUAACUGAAACAGGGGAGGGAUUUGGAUGAUUUAAGCAAUUAAAUACUUAUUAAGAUGAACGUUUUACAUAAAGAAUAUUAAGAACGUUAUAUAAAAAAGAAUAUCUGAAAAGCACAAUGAUGGGAAAAAGCCAAGAGAUGUUCAGCCUAAAACUAACAAAAAGUCGUCCAUACAUGUUAGUAUAGGUCAGAGCCUUCGAUUGUUGACCAGGUAAAUUUAGGUUUUUGUUUGACCCAAAAAGUCAAAUUAUGACGUCACAAGAACUGACGUCACCAAAUUGGGUUAAAUAAUUUUUUUAAUUUCAACGUCAAACUUAUAUUAUCUGAAAGAGAAUUACUUUAGAAUGGAAGUAAAACCGUUUUAUGGGAUUUAAAAGAUAUCUUAUUGCACCCCCAGGAAUCAUAUUUUUUCCUUAAAAUCGAAUCCUUUGGUUUAAUUUUAACACUUUUUUGUAAAAUAAGCUGAUUUUCCGGUAACAUGAAUCUUUUAUAGUUGCUAAAAAUCGUAUCGUUUUAGAUUUUCGUUCUUUGACGCAAAAACGCAAAUUAAGGCAAAACAAAAAUAAUCACGUUACCUUUUAAUGACGUCACAAAUCUGCUUUCUUGGUUUUUGUGCAGUUAGGAAUUUUCUUUUUUAAAAUUUUUUUGUUCUUUAGCUUUCGACAGUAAAGAUGCGUUAUGUUAAAAUCAAAUAACAAUGGUGACGCGACAAUAAAAUGCUUAAAUUUAGAUUUAUUUAACGAGGGGGUACAGCGUUUUUGUGCUACGAUUUUAUCCAAAUUCAAACGUUAUAUUUCAGUUCAUAUGUAAGAUAUUAGAAAAUUUUGUUCAUCUUUCAACUCCUCGUGAAUAGUUCUUUUAAAAUUGAUAUAAAAAUACAACGAUUCUCAAAUUUGAAAUUUACGUAUGAAUGACGUCAGCAAUUAUGACUUCAUAUAUUAACAUUUUUGACGUCAAAAUAUACGCCAAAUUGAUUGGCUCAACAUUUUGGUAAAGAAAACGUGAGAGCUAACAAAGUUAUUGUAAAUAAACCCGAAUUGAGGUGAUUUUUCCCCAGUGUGAUUUAAAUACGUUUAUUACUAUUAUUAUUAUUAUUAUUAUUAUUAUUAUUAUUAUUAUUAUUAUUGUUGUUGUUGUUGUUAUUAUUAUUAUUAUUAUUACUAUGAAACUUUUUUUAAGGACUUUUUUUUAAAGAAAUAGGAAUUUGGGAAUACGAGAUUUCAUUCUUUUUAACUUGUCUUUUUUUAAUAUCAGAGAUGGAUUGAUGAUUCCUUUUUGUAAUGACCUAAUUUAAAACUCUGGACCGCCCGCAAGAGUUAUUGAUCGCAUCUGAGCAGCAAGGAAUGUUUUUGGGAAAUCGUUAUUGACACAGUGAUUGUAUUUUUAUGAUUCAUAUAAUUCUUAAUGUUAUAUAGCGCUUAAUUCUUACUUCAAAUAUUUCUGUAAAUUAUGAACAUAUUUUUAAAGUUCAAUAAAAUUAUUAUUAUUAUUAUUAUUAUUAUUAUUAUUAUUAUUAUUUGUUUGUCCUUGGGUAGAAAAGUAUGUCUACAAGUAUUCCGAUAGAAUGAGAGCUUUCCCACCUGGUUUCAAGGUAAAUAUAGCUCUAUUUUUUUUUCUAUCAGCAACUACUUAAAGACGCUAUAUCACGCUAUUUGCUAUGAAUAUUUUUUAAAAUGUUAAAACUUUAUCAGUUACAUUCUGUGAAUUCCAAAGAUUUUGGUGCAGUUUUGUUAUUUGAGACUUUAUAUUUCGACAGACCUCUCGUCUGCUCGGCAAAGGAUUCAGUCAAGGAUGGACAUGCCGGCUCCCGACAUGGAUUGAAACUUGAAAAAGUUGGGCCCACUUUUUCAAGAUUUAAUCUGCCUGCAAAAAUCACCAAACAAUUUAUUAUGGUUCAGUGCGCACUGACGAAGUUUGUUUGAUAUAUUUUUUACAGCUCUACAGGAGCAUUUCGUGUAUGGAAAACCCGGGGGGUUACUCAACAAAUGUUUAUACGGGGAGGCUCUGCCCCGAGCUCCAACCCCUUAUAUGAUGUUUUCCCAUGGUUAAUGCAUGGGCACCCUUUUAUAUAUCAUUUUUCAAGAAAAAGGUACCCCUUUCGUAUAAAACAACCUGCCGUCGCUUUCGGCCGUUCACCAAACCUUCGUGACAUACUCGUUCGUGCGAAACUCGCCAACAUCGACAACACAUCCAAGCCCCCUGCCAGCACAUUCCGUUUGUCGCAACUCUAGACAUGACUGCCUCACCUCACUUUCAACAACACGGGAGAAACAAGACAAAUUAAACAUCACAUUACUAGUGACUCAACAAACCUAACAUAUAUGAUCCAAUGUAAAAGAUGCAAAAGACAAUAUGUAGGUGAAACUAAAUGCACAUUUCGUGAACGCUUUAAAGAACAUAGACAAGCAGCAAACAAUCCACUCCACGCAAACGCCACAGCAGCAGUCCCUUCCCACUUUAAUCAACCUGCUGGCCACUCCAUCGCAGACAUGGAACUUAUUCUGCUUGAAUUACAAACCACCCUCAGCAUGUCACGCCGAAAGGAAAGAGAAGCGUACCUCAUAGAUAGAGGCAAAACCCUGUUACCAGACAGUCGUAACCGAAGGAAUGAACAUUGAACUGUUUCUAUUUCUAUUUUUAUUGCAUAAUCAUUUACCUGUAUAUUAUUCUGUAGUUAAUUAUUAACCACUUAUGUGAAUUUUCAAGAGGAACCAGUCAGCUAUAUUUACGUGUUGCGUGGACCUACGCAUUCAAACAAUUUUUCCUUUCGUAUACCUUCUAUUGACAAAUGAUACCCCUAAAACUUUGCAUCCCUUAUAAUCGCUGUAAAUGCACUGUCUUUUAAAUAGAAAUCAAUCAACAACAAUAGAACGUCUUCUCGAAUUUAUGAAGCCAUAAAAUUCAUCUGCUAGCCCCUUUUGGGCCCUUUCACAGACCCAAAUGACAGAUUUCCCUACCCUUUUUUAUACAUCAGCUGGUGAAAUCCCUACUCUUUCAUAUAUCUGAAGCCUGAAAAAACGGACAUCCCUCUCGGGCAGGCGGAGCCUUCCCGUAUAGGCGAUCAUAGGGAGUACCCCCCCCCCCCUCACCUCCAGGGAUGGAAAACGCAAUAAAGAGAAUGACUCCAGUAAAGAAUUUACCUUAUCCUUGUGACAUAGCCCUUUUGACAGAGUUUGUUUUUAAAUAAGCUAAGUUAAGACUUACACUUCUGCUCUGGAUUCUGCUGCGACCUGCCUCUUUCAAGCACAACUCCACUGCUUAUCAUUUUUAAUUAUUUUUGUCGCUGUGUUUACUUGUCUGAUAUUUCAGAUGACGGCGAGAGCAAAAGGAAAACUCUUCAAUGAGGAGCACAUCCCGUUUUUCUGUAUUGAAGGGUUGAUCACGAUAACAUGACAAGGAAGUCUUCAUCCAUCGGAUAACAGUAGUUCACAAUAGUAGUCAGACAGGCAGAUCUGCAAAUGCGAUGCGGUAGCGGCUCUCCUUAAGGCCAGGGAACACUCUCACAAGCGAGCAUCUCUAGAUCUACUUGGUAACGAACUCUAUGGUAAAAUGAAUAGGGACUAAAUAGUAGGGUUUAAUAUUAAAUAGAGAUUUUCCCGGUUAAAAGCGGAAGAGUUUGUCAAAAGUUCCAACUCUAAUAAUUUUUUUAUCUCAAUGUAUGUAAUUCAACUAGACUAACCAUUUAGAGCGAAAUAAAGACUAAUUGUUUAAUUGAAACCCCGUUGAACUGA